CUCGUUUUGCGACAGUUGGCCGGGGAGCGAGGCGCCGUUGCGGGCUCGCUUUCCGGCGGGUUCGCCGGGCGCGCGGUUGCCGUUUCUUGCUCCAGGCGCUCUACACUGCGACCCCCGGUUCCUGAUCCCGGUAGUGGCUCGUCUGUGGCGAGAGAGCGGGGCCGGGCCCGCCUCUGUCCUGCCCUACGAGGUGACCUUGGUCGAGUCCCCUGUGGCGCGGGCCUGUUAGGGACCCGGCUCUAGAGCGGUUGAGGACACUGACCUAGAGCAGCCCCGCAGGCUGCCCCGUGGCAGGGGAACCGCCGGGACGUCAGGGGCGGUGUGCGUGGGUGAUGCCCCUACAUGUGAAAUGGCCGUUCCCCACUGUGCCGCCGCUCACCUGGACCCUGGCCAGCAGCGUCGUCAUGGGCCUGGUGGGCACCUACAGCUGCUUCUGGACCAAGUACAUGAACCACCUCACCGUCCACAACAAGGAGGUGCUGUAUGAGCUCAUCGAGAACCGAGGCCCAGCCACCCCCCUCAUCACCGUCUCCAAUCACCAGUCCUGCAUGGAUGACCCUCAUCUCUGGGGGAUCCUGAAACUCCGCCACAUCUGGAACCUGAAGUUGAUGCGUUGGACCCCUGCAGCUGCAGACAUCUGUUUCACCAAGGAGCUACACUCCCACUUUUUCAGCUUGGGCAAGUGCGUGCCCGUAUGCCGAGGAGACGGCGUCUACCAGAAGGGAAUGGACUUCAUUUUGGAGAAGCUUAACCACGGGGACUGGGUGCACAUCUUCCCAGAAGGGAAAGUGAACAUGAGCUCCGAGUUCCUGCGCUUCAAGUGGGGAAUUGGGCGCCUGAUUGCCGAGUGUCAUCUCAACCCCAUCAUCCUGCCGCUGUGGCAUGUUGGAAUGAACGACGUCCUUCCUAACAGCCCACCCUACUUCCCUCGCUUUGGACAGAAAAUCACUGUGCUGAUUGGGAAGCCUUUCAGUGCCCUGCCUGUGCUCGAGCGGCUCCGGGCAGAAAAUAAGUCAGCUGUGGAGAUGCGUAAAGCCCUGACUGACUUCAUUCAGGAGGAAUUCCAGCGCCUGAAGACCCAGGCGGAGCAGCUCCACAACCACCUGCAGCCUGGGAGAUAGACCUGCCCCGCCCAGACCCUGCAGGGCUCUGGGAGGGGUCCCCUGAGGCCUGGGGAAGAAGCAGCUCUGGGACCCACACUCCAUCUGCCAGGCUCCCAGGGCUGCCUUUGGGUUCUUGACCCUGACACAGCUGGUGCUGGGGAAUGGACUGAUGCUUUGAGCUCAGAUACGGUUUUUUAGACAAAUUUGUUCGUAACCCUUAAAGGGUGCCCUCGCCUAGUUGGUGAGCAUUCCAGCUCCUUUGUGGUUCUUCAGUUGAAGGAAGGGUCACAGCUGCUCCUCCAAGAGCUGGUGUCUGGAGAGAGGGUGGUUGAAAGGGAGUGGGUAGCUAGGCUGGAGCUUCAGGGAGGGGCACACAGGCCCUUGGCCUGGCCUCCACCCACCUGCCCCAAUUUGAGAGCUGCUCACCACCUCAUCAGGGGUAACCUUCAGUCACAGCUUCCUUCUGCCCGAGCUUCCUACCAGCCUAGGAACCUCAGGCAAGGCCUGGCCCCACGCUGCAGGCAGAAGAGCAGCCCUUGGCCAGAAUUGGAGCCCAGUGGAACAGAGGCUUCAGCAAAAGCCUGAGACUUGGCCAGGUCCUUUCUGUGUCCAUCAUCACUGGAGUCCCCUGGGGCUGGGUUCCAUGUUUUGUAAACAAUAAAGCAUCUGCAUUGUGCUGUUUUA